AUGGCGGAGACAUGGUGGUUGGGAAGUUUACGACUGAGCUUCUUCACUUGUUUGCUUAAUCUCUCUUUUGCUAUUUCACCACAUCUGACAUUUCAAAAAGAAAACAUGGAAGUUGAAAUCAUAUCCACAAAAUUCAUAAAACCAUCUUCACCUACUCCAAAUCAUCUCCAAAAUUACAAGUUAGGUUUCUUUGAUCAAACAACUGAUGAGACACAUUUACCUCUUGUUCUUUUUUAUCCUCCUACCAACAACAUUAAUUUUUCAGCUCAUGAAGAACAACUUGAGCAAUCCUUAUCUAGGAUUUUAACUCAUGUUUACCCUAUUUCUGGCAGAUUUACGGAGGAUAACUCGAUAUCCUGCAAGGACCAAGGGGUUAAAUUUAUAAAAGCAAAAGUGAAUAGUAAACUCAAUGAAUUUCUUGAGAAAGCACAUAAGGAUGUCAACCUUUCAUUGCUCUGUUGGCCUCAAGAUUCAUGGAAUGUAGAUGCAUCCAACUUAUACGCCAUGCCAAUUGUCAUUAUCCAAAUUACAGAAUUCGAGUGUGGUGGCUUGGCUCUAUCCUUGAGCCUCGUGCACAUUGCAAUGGAUGGUUACUCAAUUUUUACUGUUAUCAACGAGUGGUCCAAAGUGUGUAGACUUGAGAUUCCUGUAGAGAAGAUCGAUUUCAUGAGCUUUAAUUUGGCUGAUGUUUUCCCAACCAGAGAUUUAUCGAAGCUUCUCUUGCCUCGUGUUCCUCCAUUAGAUCGUGUGGAGUCUAAAUUAGUAGCCAAAAGGCUAUACAUCAACGAAGAUUCCAUUUCAAGGCUAAGAAAAGAAGUCGGUGGAGACUUAUGCUUUAAGCCGUCAAGAGUUGAAAUGAUCAUGGCCCUCCUAUGGAGGGCUUUAAUCCGUGCUUCAGAAAAAAAGCACGGAUAUCUAAGACGUUCUCUAAUGAACAUCCCAAUAAACUUGCGCACUAGGUUGAUUUCUUUACCUCAAGUAGAAAAAUCUUUCGGGAAUCUUGGAGUUGACGCCCCUAUAAAAUUCAUACCUGGGGAGAACAAGAUGGAUUUGCACGAAUUCGUGACAUUAAUUCAUGACACUGUGAAGGAAACUAUUAUUACUUGUGACAAGACUUCACCGGAGGACAUAGUGUUCGCGGUGUCAAAUAUAUAUAAUGAAAGUUUUCUAGCACAAGAUUGGGGAGGAAGUGAUGAAGUUGAUAGGUACGUAAGUUCAAGUUUGUGUAAAUUUCCUAUACAAGAAGCUGAUUUUGGUUGGGGAAAGCCAUGUUUGAUGCAUUUUGGGUCAAGACAUGGUCAAGUUUGCUGGUUGUAUGAUGCAGAAUGUGGCAAUGGGAUUUGUGUGCAAGUGGAUUUGAAGGAAGAUAAUAUGCAUCUAUUUGAAUGUGACAAUGAUAUCAAGGAUUUCUUUCAGUUUUAGAGUUUAGGUCUCUAAGAUUUGGCAAUUUUUAUUUACUUUAUUGUUGUCGUCGUCGUCGUCAUUUUGGAUUUGGUAAUAUAAUAAAGUUGCAUUUGUUAUCUUGUUACAACUUAAUUUGUUGGAG